GUCAUACAAAACCAAUCCCGGGCUUCCGUAUGUCUGCGCUGCACACGUUUGUCAUUCAGUGUAGAUAAUUAAUUAUAUUAUACCUGCUGUCUAGCAAACAUGUAACGGCUUUCAGUGUUCAAAAUAAUUAUUCAUUGUUGAGGAAAAUUCGCCAGUCCUCUACUGUACUUUGGAGCUAACAUUUCCUCUGCUGAACCACCUCAAGUCUCACCAUGAAUGUUACCAAGAGCGGUUAUCGUGUUUUCUCGGCAAACUCCACUGCCGCAUGUACAGAACUGGCCAAGAAGAUAACAGAGCGUCUGGGAGUCGAGUUGGGCAAGUCAGUCGUCUUUCAAGCAUCGAAUAGAGAGACAAGAGUGGAUGUAAAAGAAUCGGUCCGUGGACAGACAAUCUUCAUCAUUCAGACCAUACCACGAGAUGUGAACACGGCCAUUAUGGAGCUGCUAGUGAUGGCGUACGCCCUGAAGACGUCCUGCGCUAAGAACAUCAUCGGUGUCAUCCCGUACUUCCCCUACAGCAAGCAGUGCAAGAUGAGGAAGAGGGGAUCCAUUGUGUGUAAACUCCUGGCCUCCAUGUUGGCUAAAGCAGGUUUAACUCACAUCAUCACCAUGGACCUGCACCAGAAAGAGGUCCAGGGAUUCUUCAGCUUCCCGGUGGACAACCUGCGCGCCUCCCCCUUCCUGCUGCAGUACAUCCAGGAAGAGAUUCCUGAUUAUCGAAACGCCAUCAUCGUGGCCAAGUCACCAUCUGCAGCCAAACGAGCCCAGUCCUACGCUGAGAGGCUGCGUCUGGGCCUGGCCGUGAUGCACGGGGAGGCCCAGUGCGCUGAGUCGGACAUGGCCGAUGGACGGCACUCGCCCCCCUGCGUACGCAACCCCACCGGACACCCGGGGCUGGAGCUUCCUUCAGGCAAACAGCAGGCUCCGUUCCCUGGCAUAGAGCUCCCAAUGAUGAUGGCCAAGGAGAAGCCUCCAAUCACUGUGGUCGGAGAUGUCGGAGGACGCAUCGCCAUCAUUGUGGAUGACAUCAUAGACGACGUGGAGGACUUUGUCGCGGCGGCAGAGAUCCUGAAGGAGCGUGGGGCGUAUAAGAUCUACAUCAUGGCCACCCACGGCCUGCUGUCUGCAGACGCCCCGCGCCUCAUAGAGGAGUCCGCCAUCGACGAGGUGGUGGUUACCAACACAGUGCCCCACGAGGUGCAGAAGCUCCAGUGUCCCAAGAUCAAGACGGUGGACGUCAGCAUGAUCCUGGCCGAGGCCAUCCGACGAAUCAACAACGGAGAGUCCAUGGCCUACCUGUUCCGCAACAUCACCGUGGAUGACUAGCAGAGACAGAGGUAGCGGGUUGAGAGAUGCAGCGGGAGCUGGGAGAGAGGGAUAUAAGAGAGAGGGGGGGAGUUGAGAGAGUAGACAACAGAGAGAGGGAUAUGGAGAGAGGCAGAGCGUUGGAGAAAGUGGAAUGAAAUGAGAGAGGGGAGAGACUGACGGCAUACAGAGACGGAGAUGAAAGAGGGCAGCGAGAGGAAGUCUGUGGAAAUGGCCAAGGCACACUAUUGUCAUGUUGCGUGUUCACUUCACCUCAAGAUAAAAUUUAUCUAAGCUCUUAACGCUAAAGUUACCCAUGAUGCACUUCCUUUCAAUGGUCAAAACCAGCAACUGAAUUGCUCUAAAGUAGAGAGGUCUCAGUGUUUGUGAUUGGCCGGCAAAGCCAAGCUUUUGAAAACCUGAAAACAGCAGCAAGACUCGUAGAACGCUUCGUUUAAUGUCUUAUUAAUUUACUCUAAUAUUUGGUUUCCCUCUAUGAUAUCAGCAUAUAUACGAAGAUUAACAUUCUGUCUAAUAUGCUGACUCGAUACUGAGUAAUAAACUUUCGACGGUCAACGAAAAGUAAAGUUUGUGUGAUGUUUUGAAGACCUGGACUUUUGGCAGGAGUUCCUGUGUGCCAGAUAAAUGUUGUUGUUUUUUCGUUUUUUUGCCCUUGUGGUUCAGGGAUGUGUCUAUCACUGUGACUUCACUUGGAGAAUAGACUGCUUUCGCGACAAGCAGGGUCCCUCCUCUAAUAAACCAAAUGCUGUUUAUGCACCAAAUUCUCUUUCUUAUUUUAGGAUUUGCGUCAUUUGGCACGUAUGAUUUGUGAGGAUGUUUAUCAUGUAUGGCGUCAAUAAUAAACACAUUUCGAUGUUUUUACCGGCUCCUGGCUGAUAUCGGUACUGAGCUGUCCUUGUACUGUAGUGAUGUGUUUGUCAAUAUACUUGAUUAAACAGUGGCUGCCAAAGCCAAGAGUGAAUUCA